AUGUUGAUUGGAAUAAUAAUUGGAAGUACUCGAAAACCUCGUUGCUGCCCUCAGAUCGCAGAAUUCAUCGUUCGUACGAUCGAAAAAUCACCAACUUACCAACAAUUGCAGAAAAAACCUGAGCUGAGACUCGUCGAUCUCGAUGAUUGGAAUUUGCCCAUGUACAACGAGUCCAAAGUUCCAUCACAAGUGCAAAAUUAUCAAGAUUACGACCACGAGCACACUAGACAAUGGAGUCUUGAAAUUCAGAAAUAUGAUGCGUUCAUUUUCGUUGCUCCACAGUACAAUUGGGGCUACCCUGCGGCUUUGAAAAACGCUUUAGACUACUUGUUUAACGAGUGGAGGGCCAAACCGGCAGCCGUGGCCACUUAUGGCGGUCAUGGAGGCGUAAAAUGCAACGAACAACUGCGCGUAGUUCUUCAAGGCCUACGCAUGAUCCCCACCGAAAACAGAAUUUUGCUCUCCUUUGCAGAUCGAGAUGUGCUUUACAAAGCUGCGAGCGGGUCUCCCCUCGAUCUGCUCAAGUCACCAGAAAGCUGUUUCCCGUCAGAAGAAACGGCCAAGAUUGAAGCGACAUUUUCAGAGCUGUACCAACUGGCCGAAAAAAAGAACUGA